GAUAACAAAAAGAAACUUUGAUCCGACCUGCAAAUACAAAAGUCUGCCAGUGAAUAGGAAAACCAUAUACUAUAUGAAUAGGACGAACCGACUCAACAGUAUGCUGAGCCUUUUAUGUACGUGCAAUAGUAGUCUGUACUGUAUUUUCUGUAAAAGAGUUUUAAGAUUCCUGUUUUGCUGAUGGGAUACAAUGAAUAGAUCUACAAGUCAUCAUCGUUUAGAAACAUGGAAUGAACUCUUCAGGAGACGUUUGUAACAUCAUAACCAAACUUAUUGCCUUUACAGCUGAAAGUGAGCUCCAGUGAUAUCGCGGUAUACUACACCCGGGUGCUUUGGUGCUUAUAGUGCUUUGAACUCGUGUAUUAAUAAUUUACAAGCAUUUUCGUCGUCUUAGCCAGUUCUGUCGUUUUCUGGACAUGAUUUAACUUACGAAUUGGUUAUUGUGGCCGCCGUUGCACCCCUCUCUCUCUCUCUCUCCCUCCCUCUCUCUCUCUCUCUCCACCAGAAAAAAACACAUGAUGAGGUGUGUUUACAUUGCCAUGUUAAUGAGUAUGCUUGUCACCAGCAGUGUUCAGGAUCAUGGUCGUCAGGUGUCUAAUUGUGUUUGGGUGUAUGAGGAUGGUAGUGUUUUAGAUUUGACUGUGGCUGGCAAAACUGAUGGAACAGCAAGAUGGAAAGACGUGCCGACACUAAACAUAGAGCAGGAUCCGAAUCUUUAUACCAUCAAUCCCUGCUAUGGAUUCUCAAUAGACACUGUUUGUCAGGAUGUAACGGUCUGCCGUAAAAGUCGAGAUGACAACUCUUCAAGUCUAAACAUUGCCGCUGCUAGUUCAGGUCGGAUGUACUACAGCGAGUCAGAUCAAGGGGUCAUAUUGGAAUAUAAUCACGCAGAUCCGAACGAUACGGGGUUGACGUAUAUCAGUCGGUUCCUAGCGGCUUGCACUGGAGAAGUUGAAAGUCAAAUCGUAGUAAAUGGCAUCGUUUCGCCGACAUCUAAUCCCGUCGUACACAGCUUCCUCCUGCUCUUACCAUGUGCUCCACCUGUUGUACCUAUAUCAUCCACUGGUCCGCCCAUCGUGUCACCUCAUCCAAUCAAAACCAUAGGCUCGACCACGCCUCCCGCCUCCGUCUCACUACAUCCAAUCAAAACACAGAGCACGCCGGUUACCCACGUGACGAUCAGACCUCCCCUAACCCCCACCCCGUCAGGAACGCACGGCAUGUCCGCGGGUGGUUGGAUUUGUAUCAUAUUUGUUUGCUUCGUUUGCGGCUAUUUCCUGAUUGGUUCAUUCUAUAUGUUCUGCUGCAGUGGGGCAAGGGGAAUAGAAAUCAUUCCAAAUAUACACUUCUGGCUUGAUCUACCCAAUCUAAUUAUGGAUGGGUUUUUCUUUCUCUUCGGCUGCUGCGGGAAUACUCAAAUGGUGACGUCACCGUCCUCGGGCUCCGACUACGACAAAAUCUGAAGACAUCCAUCCCCUCCCGCCUCUACCCCCCUACUGCGCUAGGUUCUGCAAUGUUGAUUAUCAAAAUAAUAUUAUACAUAGUAAAGGAAAUUUAGCACGUUGUUAAGUCCGUCGCUUUAACACCAAAUUUUAACUUUUUAAAAAACUUUAAAGGGGAAUCCAGCCAUUGGUCAUAAAAUGUUGCAUUGGAAAGAACAAAAAUAAAUAAAACAGAAUGGUAACAUUUUGAAAGUGGUGUAGUGGUGUGGUGUAGUGGUUCUGACUCUGACUCUGACUCUGACUACCGUGGUGUAGUGGUUCUGACUCUCGCCUUGUAAACAGAGGGUCGUGUGUUCGAAUCCCACCGCGGUCUGGCGUCCUUUGACAAGGCGUCAAUCCACACUUUGCCACUCUCGACCCAGGUGCUAAAUGGGUACCCGGUAGGAUGUGAAAGUCAUUGUGGCUUGUCCAGUACUGUGUGCGCCUCACCGGCGACUGACUGGAAUACUCCCCAGGGAGUGGAGGAUGUGCACACAUUGUGUGCGGGAAUGACUUAUUGAAUCCAAUGACCGGGGUAAUAAUAUAUCUGUAAAGCGCUUAGACACGUCGUUCCGAUGUAUUAAGCGCUAUAUAAAAAAAACGGAUUAUUAUCAUUAUUAAAGAAAUCGGACGAGCAAUAAGAAAGUUAUGGCUCCGCUGCUUUAAAAUUUAGAUUCUUGAGACUAUUGAUUUCAAAUUGGCAACUAGGUAAGUAAAUCAUGACCAGGGGCAAGGACAACUUUCCCAUAGGCCAUGUACUUAAUUAUCAAGGAUUUGUGGUUUUCUCCUAAUUACCAAUCCUCCUGGGGCAUGUAUGUUUUAUGUCCUCAUGAAGGAAAAAAUGCAACAUUUGAAGUAAAACUUUUAUUUUAAAUGACCUUUAGCCAUUUUAUGUAUUGGAGUACAUGAAAGGGUAGUCCUUGACUUACAUCAGAUGCUAUGACAUCGCGGUCAUUUUGAAGUCUUCAUGGGUAUAGUAAUUACCAAUUUUCACAACUUUUAAAAAUUCAUAACUUUCAUAUUGUUUGUCCGAUAUUGUUCAGACUUUCACCUAUCAUCUUGUCUGAUUUUUUUAUUUUUCCUUUAAAAACAAGUUUUUAUAUGGGCUGGAUUCUCCUUUAAAAAAUAGUUAUUGGAGUGACGGGCUGAAACAACGUGCUUUGAAAUUUUAAACAGCGUUUCUACAGUAUGAUUAAAAAAAUGAAGUUUAAUGUUAUUAUUCAACUUCAGUCUAGUA